AUGGCUCUAGCAGCUCGGUAUCUGGGCCGUUCAGCCCUUUCAGUGGCCCGGAGAUGUCCAAUUGUUUUCCCCGUUCGGUCGUUUUCCGUCUCUCCGUCGAGUUUCCUGCCAGACCCUCACUCAGAAGAUGUGCCGCCUAUGCCGGAAUACUCGCCGGACCUCCUCACGAAGGAGGAGCGGUCAAUGUAUGACAUGAUGUCUCCUGAAGAGCAGGCCGAAUUUGAUGCCGAGAACCGUCGUAUGGUGGAAGAAUUCAACGACCCGCAGAAGCGAGCGGCAAAGCUCGCCGAGAUCGACAGGAGCGUGGCGGAACUGGACCGGGACGGCUUUCGAUUCGAAGACGUACGGGAGAAGAGAGCCGGCUUCUGGGCUGAUGGGGAGGAGGACGAAUUCGGCAUGGUCGAGGACGCCGAUGACGAGUUCCGGGACGACGAUAUAACCUCCAUGGCUCAUGCGGAGCUUGAAGUGCAUCGGGAGAUUCGAGAGUAUGCUCGGAUCGCGGCCUGGGAUAUGCCAUUGCUGAGCAGUAAGAACCCCCUCCUCAAGUUUCCUUUGAAUUAUACUAAUCUGCGAUCCCCAGAGCUGGCCAAACCGUUCACCCUUCCCCCCGAAACUCAUAUCCUUCGUUUCCGCUACACCUCCUACAUGGGCGAGGAGCACCCUGCGGAGAGCAAGGUCGUCGUUGAAGUGAGCUCCAAGGACUUGACACCCAAGUACUUGUCUGAGGCACAGCGCCAGACGUUCCUCAAGCUCGUCGGCCCGCGGUACAAUCCGGAGACUGACAUUGUACGCAUGUCCUGCGAGAAGUUCACCACCCCUGCACAGAACAAGCGGUACCUGGGUGAUCUUGUCGAAACCUUGAUCAAGGAGGCAAAGGAGGGCGAUUCCUUCAGCGAUAUUCCCCUCGACCUCCGACAUCAUAAACCACAACGGAAGCUCCGCUUCCCGGAGUCGUGGAAUAUGACCGAGGAGCGCAAGAAGCAACUCGAGGCCCGACGCGCAGAGAGACGGCGUUCGGAGCAAGAGGGAAAGGAUGUCGUCGACGGCAAGUCGGUCGUCGCGCAGGCCAUCCAGAACUUACCCUCGUUGAACCCUGCAUUGAACGCCAAGGCGACUCAGGAGCGAGAAAAGGUUGCCGCCAGAAUCGCUGGUAAGCCGCAGAAGAGGCGAGUACGGUAA